AUGACAGGACCCAAGCAGCACCACAUCCUUGGCUCUCUCAUUGAACUCCUAGCCCAGAUGACUGGGAAGAAGCCUAAGAAGGAGGACGACAAAUGGAAACCAUCAGAGGAGAUGCAAAAGAUUCCAGCCUCACCACGGCAGUGCUUGGGACCUUGCUGUGUGAAGGCUGCCAGACCAGAAUCUAAGUAUUGCUCAGAUGAAUGUGGCAUGAAUCUGGCAGCUGCCCGCAUCCGUAAGAUCCUGCCCCAGCGAAUUCAGGAGUGGCAGAAGGACCCCUGCAUUGCUGAGGAGUAUAACAAGAAAAUGCUUGAGCACAUUGAAUGUGAGCGACAGGCCACCCACAGCCACCUGAAGGAUAUGGAGAGCCGUUUCCAUGAGCUUGAAGCCAUCAUUCUGCGUGGCAAACAGCAGGCUAUGUGCAAGAAUGAGGAGCACUUCAAAGGUGAAAAUAAUCGCACAGAUUUGAAGAUCUUCUGUGUCUCCUGUGGUAAAGCCAUUAGUAUCCACAUAGCCCUGCGCCACAUGGAGCGCUGCUUUGUCAAGUACGAGUGCAACUCAUCAUUUGGAUCCAUGUACCCAACUUCCAUUGAGGGGACCACAAGGCUGUUCUGUGAUUUUUACAACCCACAGAGUAAGAGAUACUGUAAGAGACUCCAGGUGCUAUGCCCUGAGCACUCUCAGGACACCAAGGUCAUUGACGAUGAGGUGUGCGGUUGCCCACUAGUGCACAAUGUCUUUGAGGUCACUGGUAAUUUUUGUCGUCUCCCUAAACGUCUAUGCAAUUAUCACUAUUGCUGGGAGAAGCUGAGACGUGCCGAGUUGGACCUGGAGCGUGUGCGCGCACUGUACAAGCUAGAACAGCUGUUUGAGCAAGAGCAAAAGGUGCGCACAGCAAUGGCUAACCGGGCUGGGCUCCUAUCCCUGAUGCUACACCAGACAACUCAGCAUGACCCGCUCACCAGUGACCUACGCUCCAAAGCAGACAACUGA